ACCACUCAAUCACUUUUCAUGAAGUUUCAUGAUAAGUAAGGAACUGAAUUUAUUUUGGUAUACAUUUAUGUCAAACUUCUUCCCUUCUUCUUCCCUCUCCCUAGUAAGAAUGGUUCCUCCUUUUUGUGUCAAGUUGUGGUGAGUAAGUAUAAAGGGCCAGCCCCAAGAUGCAGAUAGAAUCUGGUCCUGUUGUAUUUGCCUUCACUAACAUACUGGGGAAAGUACCAUCUGGAUUCCUCUUUGUUCUAUAGAUACUCAGAACACAGCAGAAGGCAGUCAGACAUCAAAACGUCCUCAUCACAUGCACACACUGAGCUCAGGAAGCGAACAUACACACACACUGCCUUGGUGAGCAACAGAGGAAACUCAGGACCUGUACAGUCAGCAGCUCUUAAUAUCUGUCUUCUUGCGCUCCUCAGGCGCAGGCCACUCUAAGCUCUGCCGUCGGACUGAUGAUGCCACAGCCUACCCAGCAUUCUCUAAUCCAUGUCCUCUUGUUGUGGAUCACCAUCCUUUCCAUUAUCCAAGCUGUAUUCAUCAUCUUCUUCUUCACAGCUGGACAUCGUGGCCUGUCUCAGAACAGUAGCACUGUAACACCAGAGGGCACAGUGCAAUCCCAGGCAAACAUUACACCUUCGCCCACCCCUGACGACAACCUUCUCUUGGGCAAAGGCCAAAUGCUCACCUACAAGGCUCAAGAAGACAACGGCGAUUUUAAAUGGGUAGCACAUAAUCCAAGUGACAGCCUGGUCUCACAAUAUGGGAAAGAUCUGCAAAUAAAGAAAGAUGGAUAUUACUUCCUAAUUCUCCAGGUGACACUGAAAGAAUGUACAUGUACAUAUAAUGGAACAAGUAAGAAUAAGACUACAAGUGAGUGCACAGUCAGUGUGAACUGGAACAACAGUCUGAAGGAGAAGAACAGAGUUCUCCUUGAGGGUUGGAUUAACACAAACACCUGCAGCACAGGUCUUCUCGGAAUGGUAACGGUGCUGCCUGCUGGAGGCAAACUUGAGUUCAAACUACCAAAGACUAAAAAAAUUGAUGACCGGGAACAUCUUACCCACCUGGAUAUCAUCUACAUGCACAAGCCUUAGAUGCAGCUCUGAUACACCUUCCCAGCUCUGGGAGCUCCUCAGCAGCAAACCCGCAGAAGCAAAGAUGCAAAGAUGCAAAGAUCUGUCUUUGCCUUUGGAUCACAAGAUCACCAAUAGAAAAUCACUUAACUGUCUUCCCACAGUCAAAAAGAUGACUGAGUCACAGAGAAUAGGUGAAAGGGGCUGGAUUCAACAUUGAAGACUGCCUUUUACCCACAUUUGGUAAAAUGCGCACCUCAUAAAUAUUCUGGUCUACUAAAAAGAAGGUUCUUCCUAAAACACACUCAAAAAAUCUAUGCAUUUUAAUUACAUAGAAAAUAUUAAUUUUAAUAGAA